AUGUUGAGCAGCAAUACAGCCACUCUUUCCACGGGCAACAUUGCUUCCAUCAGCUCUCAGGUCUACACAUACUGCCGGGAGAGUCAGUCAUAUCACCUCUCAGAGGGCAAACAGCAGUUACCUAAAAAGACGAACAAGUCCUCCUCAACGGUACAGCCAGUGAGCAAACAGCCGGAGACUCACCAACCAGAGAACUCUCACCAGCCACCCGCUGCUCGCAGCCACCAGGAAUUCAAUGCAGAUCAAGAUGCCAAGAAACUUCACAAAGCCUGCAAAGGGAUGGGAACGGACGAAUCAGCCAUCAUCGAAAUCCUAGCGAGUAGAUCAGCGGAAGAGCGGCAACAAAUCAAGGAGAAGUACAAAACACUGUAUGGCAAGGAGCUGGAAGAGGUGCUGAAGAAAGAUCUGAGCGGGAACUUUGAAAAGGCGGCACUGGCCCUUUUGGAUCGUCCGUGUGAAUACAGUGCCCGGGAGUUGCAGAAAGCCAUGAAAGGCGUCGGCACCAAUGAAUCUGUGCUGAUUGAGAUUCUCUGCACACGAACUAACAAGGAAAUCACAGCAAUGAAAGAUGCAUACCAAAGGCUGUUUGGCAAAAAUCUAGAAUCCGACGUGAAAGGUGACACGAAUGGAUCCCUCCAGAAGAUUCUGGUUUCGGUGCUACAGGCUGACCGAGAUGAAGGGAAUGAUGUUGACAAUGACCUAGCUGGCCAGGAUGCCAAAGAUUUGUACGAUGCAGGAGAAGGCCGCUGGGGUACGGACGAAUUGGCCUUCAAUAACGUCCUGGCCAAAAGGAACCUCAGGCAACUCAAUGCCACUUUCCAAGCUUAUGAAACGCUGGUUGGCAAGGACAUCGAAGAGGCCAUUAAAUCCGAAACAUCUGGAGAUCUGAAGACUGCCUAUUUAACUCUCGUGAGAUGUGCCCGAGACUGCCCCGGCUACUUCGCUGAGCUUCUGCACGAGUCCAUGAAGGGAGCUGGGACCGACGAGGAGACGCUGAUCCGAAUCGUCGUGUCGAGAGCAGAGGUCGACCUGCAGGCCAUAAAGGAGAAGUUCCAGGAGGUUUACCAGAAGUCCCUCUCUGACGCUAUACGCUCUGACACGUCCGGUGAUUUCAGGAAGCUACUAGUUGCCUUGCUUCACUGAACCGACUCAGCAGCCGAGAGAAGCCAGGAGAAACCGCCUUCCGUUUGUCUUUUCCAAACCAGAAAUGAAAAUAUGAAACCGCCAAGAAAAAACA